UAAAAGCAGCAUGUGUCACCUCGACUUGGCUCUCCAAAUAUCACUCCGCUAGGAAAUACGCGCGCAGAGAGAGGACGCCGGAGCGCAAAAACACUUCUCCAAACAACUUCGCGGCAGCUUUUCCACCAGGCCUGUUCUCUUACAGGGUGGAGAAAUAUUUCUAGAAGUUGAACUUUCCUUUUCGCCCGGUUGAUCAAUCGUUUCUGCUUUUUUUUGGAGACGUCUGAUCACUUGACAGGAGCGAGCAAAAGUCAAGCAGACUCGGCGUGUGAGUGCGCGGACUGAGCCAUCAUACACGGCUUUAAUUUGCGCCACUAGACUUUUAUUUUUUGAAAAAAAAAGAGAGUGAGGAAGCCGUGAGAUGACCCUGUCUGGAGGCAGCGAAAGAGCCAGCGACAUGUCCGGCCAAACUGUGCUCACAGCGGAGGACGUGGACAUCGACGUGGUGGGCGAAGGAGACGAGGAGCUCAUGGAGAGGGGGGACAGCGACUGCGACAGCCCGGGAGUGGGCAUCCUGCACGAUCUAAGAGGAGAACCGGGUGACGAUGAAGAGGUUGAUGAUGAGAUCGAGGUGGAGGAGAAGGAGGAGAUGGGCUCCGGUGGAGGGAGUCCGUGCUGCGAGAGUUCGGGAGAGGGAGAAACGGGCAUCGGGAAGGGAGAGGGGAACGAGCAGAGCGCGCCGGGCAGCGGGCUCCAGAAACCCAAAAGCAGCCUGGUGAAGCCGCCGUACUCCUACAUCGCUCUCAUCACCAUGGCCAUCCUACAGAGCCCUCAGAAGAAGCUCACUCUCAGCGGGAUCUGUGAGUUCAUCAGCAACCGCUUCCCUUACUACCGAGAAAAGUUCCCCGCGUGGCAAAACUCCAUCCGCCACAACUUGUCCCUCAAUGACUGCUUCGUAAAAAUCCCCCGGGAGCCUGGCAACCCCGGCAAGGGCAACUACUGGACCCUGGACCCAGCUUCAGAGGACAUGUUCGACAACGGCAGCUUCCUCCGGAGAAGAAAAAGGUUCAAGAGAGUUCAGCCGGACAUGCUGAGGGACCAGACGGCGCUCAUGAUGCAGAGUUUCGGCGCGUACAGCCUCGGGGGCCCCUACGGGAGGCACUACGGCAUCCACCCGGCUGCGUACUCCCAUCCGGCGGCUUUGCAGUACCCUUACAUCCCCCCUGUGGGUCACAUGCUGCCCCCGGGCGUCCCUCUUCUUCCCUCGGCGGAGCUGAACAGAAAAGCCUUCAACUCCCAGCUCAGCCCGAGUCUCCAGCUUCAGCUCAACAGCCUGAGCACCGCGUCCAUGAUCAAAUCCGAGCCUUCAAACAGACCCUCAUUCAGUAUAGAGAACAUCAUCGGGGUCUCCAGCGCGUCCUCGUCAUCGCCGGGCGCUGCUCAGGCGUUCCUGCGGCCUCCAGUGACGGUUCAGUCGGCCUUACUGAGCGCGCAGUCCCUCUCUCUGACCAGAACCUCCGCCGCUAUCGCCCCCAUCCUCAGCGUGCCGUCAAAUAUCAUCUCUGGACACGUUUUACCCUCAGCGACGGCAGCCGCAGUGUCCAAAUGGCCUUCACAAUGACUUAAAAAGGCGAGAUAAUAAACUUAUUUUUAUAAAGACAAUACAGGAAGAGAAGUGAAGAGCACAAAUCAAAAAGAAACACUGGACUGUGUAGCCAUGUAAAGACUGCUGAAACACAGAAAAAAAGAAAAAGGAGAUAUUUCUGUACAGGUAAUAUUUGUAAAUAUUUGUAAAAAAAAAAAAAAGAUUUUACCUGUGUGACUUUUACCUGUCGAUUUUUUUUUCUUUUGUUCCUGUUUGUGUUUUUAUUUUUUAUCGGAAGCUCGAUGGACACUUUUUAGCUUCCUUUUCAUA